AGAGAGUGGGGGACAGGGGGAGGGUCUAACAGCUGGAGGAACUGAGAGGGGGAAAGCAGAAGUUGCCAUUAGAGACCACUGUGCCACAGUUUGGAUCCACAGAAUCCAGAGCAGGAAGGGAGUAAGCGAGGCAAGAAGACAUACUGCUCACACAAAGGGUAAGGACAUUGUGAUGUUAUCGGAAAUCCAUUGAUGGGGGGCUUAUGUAUAACAAUGGGCUUGUUACAUCUUGGAUUUAUAUUCCCUAAUAAGGUCAACUAUUUAUAAUGGGGAAGGUACCAUGGCACUUUGGACAAUAUGAACGGUUGUACUAAAGUGUUACCAUGCAUAGCCAGGUAUAUCGUCUGACGUGUGUUUAUCAAGUUAUGCAUUAACAAUAGGGCUACGGAAAGAUCUACGAGUUAAUAGUUACUUUGGUCAAACAGGGAUAUGCUCUGCUUGAUGAAUAUGCGGAAGCAUGAACCGGAAGUCGAGCUGAAAGUUGAUUUAGCACAGCAGCACUUCACAGUUUUGUGAUAAGGAAAGCUGCUGAAAAACGCAGUGACAGUAAAAUUGUGAAAGUCUACUACCGCUGUCACGAAUGAAUAAAACCAGUGGUCUCUCUUAGGAUAUGGCUAGGCCCGUCAUUAGCUUGGCAGUGGAGCAUCACAGACGGUAGCAGCACCGUUAACAUUAGCGGUAGGUACCGUCAACGUUAUCUUUAGUGGUGGACGGGGUGAAGCUACCAGGCUAGGACGCUUAGGAGACACACGGGAUCACAGGAUCGUGGAGUAGCCGUUCAACUUCUUCAGAUCAAUCGUUGCAGUGCGGAAUGUCUCGGAAGGAUAAGAAAAUAAAGUGAGUUUUGGUCAGAUAAAGACACAAGAUGGAGGAAUCCAGCAACAAGCCCUUAAUGGUGACCUCCUCCAUUAACUUCAAGGUCACCACUCCGUCGUUUUAUAACCAGCCAAAGAAGUUUGCCUCCGUCGCACCGCCCCGCCCCAAAAGCCAAUCCCCGCCCUCUGGGCCGUCCCCAACACCAGUGGGCACCGCUGUGAUUGGGCGCGUUGGGGAGCUUCCUCCGCCCCCUCCUUCGCUCUGUGAAGACUUCCCGCCCCCCCCUCCUCCUCCUCCCCCAUUGGAUGACGACUUGCCAGCCCCUCCCCCUGAAUGCCAUGCCCUACCCCCUGCCUUUGACGCUCCGCCUCCCGUGGCAGACGACCUGCCCCUCCCAGCUCCCCCUGAGGAGAGCUCCUGUCUGCCCACCUCUCCCCCUCCCCCUCCUCCCCCUCCGCCUCCCCCUCCUCCUGCCCCCUCCAGUGGGUCCAGGUACCCCAGCGCGGGGGGCAAUGCACCGAGGCCAAUUGAGAAGCAGACAAGUUUUGACAAACAGCUGGACUCCCUGACCGACCUGCUGUCUGAGAUGGAGACCAGGGGACCGUUCAACCCCAAGUUACCAAGCCAGUACCCUUCAGCACCAGCGCCAAAGCCAUCAGGUCCUCCCCGGACCGCUCCCAAGCCAAACCUCUCCUUCCUCCCGCCCCCCGAGUGCGGGGACCGGCCUCCCCCCGCCCCCUGGGCCGAGGAGCUCAAAGCCAGAACCAACCGCCACGGCAAUAACAGCGCAGUGUCCGGCACCUCGCCUGCCCCCCAGCCAUUGGCUAAACCGGCAGUGGCUCCCAAGGCCGCUUAUGGCGGGAAAAUGGCCACCUCUGCCACCGCUCUGGCCCAGAAACUCAACCAGAACUUGAACCAGAACCAGAAUCUGAACCACGCCCCAGCCAAGUUUGGUGUAGCACCAAAGCCCUCUCCUAUGAUGGCCCCCUCUGCCCCCGGCUCUUUCCCCCCCGUUCCUCCUGCUGCUCCUCCUGCUCCUCCUCCUGCUGCUCCUCCUGCUGCUCCUCCUGCGGCUCCUACUGCUGCUCCUACUGCUGCUCCUCCUGCUGCUCCUGCUGCUUCUCCUCCUGCGGUUCCUACUGCUGCUCCUGCUGCUCCUCCUGCACCUCCUGCUCAGCCGGCCAACAAGGCCGCUCCUUUCAGUUCCUACAGCUGCCUCAGGAGCGCUCCCUCCCCCACCAGUCAGGAGAACGUUAGGCCCAGUCCCCCGGCUGCUGCCCUGCCUCCGCAACCAAAGCCCAUGGUGACUCCGCCCCCCUCCUCCUUCAACCAGCCAAUGAAGGAAGCGCCCUCAUCAACGCCCUCCCUCCCUGGGCCGAUGGCGGUUCCGGGUGGGGGUGUGCCUCUCAACAUGAGGGAGGUGGAGGAGCUGGAGAGGAUGACGAACGACUUCAUCAGAGACAUGGACACACACGCUCCCGUCAUCACAUCGCCCCCUACAGAGGUGUGUGGGAAGUGUGGUGAGUCUCUGUCCCGCAGCCAGCCUGCCGUGCGGGCAAUGGACAAGCUGUUCCACGCCAACUGCUUCUGCUGCAUGGGCUGCCAGCGCCCCCUGCAGGGCAUGCAGUUCUACGACCGCGACAGCUCUCCGCAGUGCGAGGACUGUUACACGAGCUCCCUGGCGGUGUGCUCCCGCUGCGGGGAGCGCAUCACGGACCGAGUGCUGAAGGCGGUGGGCCAGUGUUUCCAUGCCCACUGCUUCCGCUGCAGCACCUGCGCCUGCAGCCUGGAGGGGGCGCCCUUCAUCACCGACGACAACAACAACCCCUACUGCGUCCAGGACUACCACAGGCGCUUCUCCCCGCUGUGUGUGAGCUGUAACGAGCCCAUCAUCCCCGCCCCGGGGAGCGAGGAGACGGUCAGGGUGGUCGCCCUCGAGAAGAACUUCCACCUCAAGUGUUACCGGUGUGAGGACUGCGCCCGACCCCUGUCAAUAGAAGCAGACGCCGACGGCUGCUAUCCAUUGGACGGCAAGAUCUUGUGUAUGAAGUGCCACACCCAACGAGCCAAGCAGGCCAAGCAGUGAUUGGCGGAAACACCCGUCACUCAAGUCACUCUAUGAACCAAAUUGAAAGCACAGGAUUAAUUCAGCUACCAGUUUUGCCUUUUUGCAAUAGAGCUCCAUGUACGUGCGCACGUGGGUGAGAGAGUGUGAAAGAGUGUCCUGUGAAGAGGAGUUCUGCAUGCCUAAAUAAGUGGUGUGUGUCAAAGACUCAAUCAAUGUGGAGGUAAUGUACUGCAUUGAGACAGAUUUACUUCAUCUUGUAUCCUCCAUCUCCUUUCUCCUGAGCUCUCUCCUAAUAGCCUUUCGUGUGCCAGAGUAUUAUUUCAUGGCUGUUCUAUGUUUACAAAUACUCUACUAGCAUAUUUGCAAAAAACUUCUUGAUUAAACAACAAAAGGCAUCCAACCAGGCUAAAAGUAGAGCACCUUUUGAUGGUUGUUUCUUAAUCUGCUAAAUACCUUUCUUAUUAAUGCCGACUUUUAGACGUUUUAUAACUGUUUAGUGUGCGACGCUAGGUCUUUGGCCGUCUUACCGGUCUGUAGGCUUGCAGGUUGUACAGUAUGCAAGCAUGUUGCUUUCUUGCCCAGAGAGAGCGAGCUCUCCCGUCAAUCAGUAUGCUCUCUCUCAUAAUAACAUUACAUUUGUAGUUCUUUCAGGGCUGUAGCCUGAGUGCAACAAAAAAAACAUCACAGCCGUGAAUUCAGAUCUUUGUAUUUUUGUCUUUGUUAUUAUAUGGAUCUGUGGGCUUAUUUGCAUGCACUGUCAAAACUACAUGUCGCUCUCCAUGCAACAUGGAUUUCAAAGAAAACCAACACUGUUUUUUUUUUGUUUGCCCUGUGUUCCUAUGUUCUCUAGUAUGCAUGCUAGUGCGAAUUGAUGAGCAAAAUCAUGAAAGUGUUUUGCUGAGUGCUGAUUUCAUUCCAUAUCUCAAGAGUAUCAUGAGAGAUGUAAGAAAGUGCUACUAUGGCUGAAAACGGGACCUAUAAUUGCACAGCUUUUUUACAAUGAUGCAUUUAGCUGAAAUUAACAUAGAGAAUGGUAGAGCCCCUUUUACGCUUGCUAACGCCACAGCACACGAUACAAGUCUGCACCUUCAAGAAACAUGCUGUAGUGGACCCGUCUGGGGAAUUGAAAUCCCUAAAUAGCAUUUAUGUUGAAUGGACGUUUAUUUGGUGAAAUGUUAUGGCUUUGUAAUUCAACCAAACCGAGACUUGUGAGGGCAAGACACAAAAAUAACUAUCCAUGAGCAGAUUUAUGAAUAGGGCUGACCAGCUUAUUAGCAGUGACCAAGUUCAUUUAACAUCUGUUUGAGAUAACGAACACUCUCCUGUCUUUCUUUUAUAUUCUCUAACAUUCACCGGUUUUAUUGUGGUUUAUCAGCACAUGAGGACCUUGUAAUUUAGUGCUAUUACAGUGAAACCACUACUCUUUCCAUUUAUCCUAUAAUGUACGUUAGUGUGUUGAUAUUGAUUAUGUACUACUUAUGUCACUCGAUGUUGAUCUACGUUAUUCAGUCUGUCAUGUACUUUACUGUUUUCCUCCCAAGUUGGAAUCGUUGAUUUUCAGAUUUUUUGGAUAUGUGCCUUCUACGCUUUUGUAUUCCUUCUCUAUUUCGCCUGCUUUCAAUGCCAUACCAAUUAAUUCUGCUAACAAAACGAUAAUAAUCAACCACCUUUUGUUCAAAUUAGGUAUUUUAUUUGGCGAAUGCAACAAAAUUCAGGGUGAUUAAAAAAACAAUAACAUUUUAAUACCCAGUAUUGCAUGCUACUUAUGUCCGUGGUGGGGAUUUUAGUAUUAUAUCACAGCCCUUUUGUAUUUUGUAUUAUUGCACAAUGUAUUCCAACUAUGUGAUUCUGCCUUUAUCAUCACAAUGUGAUCAAACGUGCCCAUGUCCUCACAGCAGCAGCAUUUAUUAAGGGUUCUUGUCUCGUGAUCUAAAAUGUUUUCCUCCAUAGUAUUUUUUUAUGUAAGUUCCCAUUCCAUUGGUGUGAAUGUGUAAACGUAUAUGAUCAAACAUGCCAGCAUUAUUCAACCUGUACUCCAACCCUCCCCUCCCCUCAAUUUGGAUGCAUUAAAAAAGAAAAUAGCUAAAGACCAAGCUGUCCUUUGUGUGUGUGUGU